CGAGACACUCUCAAGGGCCGUAGCAAACCUCCUUUCGCAAUGGCCUCGGGAAAGAGGCAGGAGGAGCUCGAGGUCCAGAUCAAAAGCCUCCACAGCCAGCUCGAGAAGCUUGGCGUCAACUCCUCCGGGCAAAAGGACAUCUUUGGCCGCAGCUUCGAUUUGCCUGUGGACGCCGAGCACAAGGCCACGGCAUUCGCGGUGAAGCUCUUUCGCCUGCCCGUGCAGCCGCACAUGUACGCCUUCUGGGCGGCCACCUUCGGCUUCUUCUGCACGUUUUUCGCCGUCUUUGCGCCGGCGGCACUCCUAACGUGGAUCAAGGAGGACGAGUCGGAGGGCGGGCUGGGCCUCACGCCGGACGAGCUCUCCUCUGCGGGCGCCGCCGCCGUCGGCACGACCGUCGCGAUGCGUUUCCUCGCCGGCCCGCUCUGCGACAAGUUUGGAGCACGCAAGACCAUGGGCAUCCUCCUCUUCACGGCGCUGCCCGGCCUCGUCGUCCUCGCGACCGCGCAGAACGCCAAUGCCUUCAUCGCCGGCCGCGCGCUCAUCGGCCUCUCGCUCGCCUCCUUCGUCACCUGCCAAGUCUGGUGCUCGCAGAUGUUCACCAAGAGCAUCGUCGGGACCGUCAACGCCACCGCCGGCGGCUGGGGCAACCUCGGCGGCGGCGUCACCCUGCUCGUCAUGCCGCAAAUCAUGGUGGGCUUUCUCAAGGUGACCGACCAGGACACGGCGUGGCGCCUGUGCAUGAUUGUGCCGGCCGCGAUGAUCAUCCUCGCCACCCUCCUCGUCAUGAAAGGACGCGACCUGCCCGACGGCAACUAUAAGGAGCUGGAGAUGUCGGGCGCCAAGCAGAAGGGCAACGGCUCCCUCGUCUUCCUCAUCGCCGCCUGCAACAUCAACACCAUCCCGCUCAUGAUUUGCUACGCGACGUGCUUCGGCGUCGAGCUGACGAUGAACAACAAGGCGGUGCUCUACUUUUACGAGUACUACGACCUCUCAAAGUCCCUCGCCGGCGUGCUCGGCGCAUGCUUCGGCCUGAUGAACCUCUUUGCGCGCUCGUGGGGCGGACUUCUCUCGGAUUGGACCAUGAAGAAGUUCGGGAUCCGCGGCCGCGUCUGGUCGCUCUUCGUCGUGCAGGUCUUCCAGGGCUUCAUGUGCCUCACCCUCGGCCUCCUCACGGUCAACAUGCCCGGCCCGGUCCGCAUGGAGAGGGGCCAGGCGAGCAAGUACCCGGCCAGCGUCUUUGAAAACAUCUACAACGUGACGCCAGAGGUGACCUUCCAUUGCUACGGCGGGUACGAGGGCCCCCUCUUUGGCGGCGACGGAGACUUCUGCAAGCCCAAGUUCGACAAGAAGGACCCGUGGAAGUUCUCCCCGUCGGGGGAGAUUGCCGGCGCGCGGCCCGGCGAGAACCAAAACGGCAUCUACGGCGCCUACAAGCACACGGUCGAGUUCAAGGGCGGGUCCGAGACGACGACCUACGUGGUCAAGACCAAGGCGGCCUGGAUCCCGCCGUGCGCGUCGAAGAGCAUCGACAACCCCGGCACGGGCCACGCCUUCAGCGCAGACGGCACCGACCUCGGCGUGGAGAAGAUCCCCACCGACGCGGAGAAGAUCGUGGUCGGCGACGUGUGGAACCCCGACUGCGUGCGCAACACGGACGGCGCGCUCGGCAAGACGAUGGCCGUCAUCAUCUUCUUCUCGAUCGGCGUCCAGAUGGCCGAGGGGCUGACCUACGGUGUCGUGCCGUACGUCUCGCGCCCCGCCCUCGGCGCCGUGGCGGGCAUGGUCGGCGCGGGCGGCAACCUCGGCGCCGUCAUCGGCUCCAAGGUGAUCAUCGCGAAUGCAAACUACGACCAGGGCUUCGUCUACCUCGGCAUGGUCAUCCUCAUCGCGUCCCUCUCGCUGGGCCUCGUCUACUUCAAGGGCGAGGACGGCGGAGGCAUGUUCCUCAAGCCGGGCGCGCUCGGCAAGUUCGACCCGCAGCUGUGGAUGCCCAAGGGCGAGGAGAUGCGCGGCGCAGACCAGAUGGACUACUCGUCUGUUGCCAUUCCGGGCGAGGCGAACAAGCCGAAGGCGUCCACGGCCGAUGAAGCCGAGGCCUAGGGCGGCUCGGCCCGCCAAGAGUCGCCGCGCGCGGCAGAGUCGCUCCGCCGCUAGCGCAGCGCCGCCUUUGUAGGGAGGGGGGAUAUCGCGCAUGCCAUGCCGCGCAACCCCGAGGUGCGCGGGGGACCCGGAGAGGCGCUCCCGGGUCCCGCAACCGACCUCGCCCGACUGUACACUUGGUGAUUCACGGGCAUGCUGCAUACGGCUCUAUGUGUGUGUGUGCGGUCUGAUAGAGUUGAGUUUCUUGUCAGAUUAACAGAUAACAUGUACUACACAUAUGC